UCGACGGUGAGAGUCUGCAUGGUCCUACAAGACUUUUGAAGGACACUUGAAAGCUCUCUGUUGUGUGCAGCAUCUGUGCUUUCAGGCUCAGCUGGGCUGGUAAACAUGACUCCCUGGCAGAGGACUAUCAAAGAAAGAUAUGGAGUUGCAAUUUGUAGUUUUACAAGCCAAGGAUCCCCACAAAUUUCCCUUCAAAUUGGAGAUGUAGUCCACAUAUUAGAGUCUUGUGAAGGCUGGUACAGAGGAUAUCUGGUCAAACAGAGGAUGAAUGCGGGAAUAUUUCCUAAAUCCUUCAUCCAUAUCAAGGAAGCUGCAAUUCAAAUGAAAAGAAAUACAGAAAAAAUAGUUCCUGCUGAGAUUCCUUUGGUGCGCGAAGUUACAACUACUUUACGAGAAUGGGGAAACAUUUGGAUACAGUUAUAUUCGUCAAGCAAAAAGGAAAAAUUCCAGCAGGUUCAGUCAAUGAUGUGUGAUUUGAUGGAAUGGCGAUCACAGCUCCUUUCUGGUACCUUGCCAAAGGAUGAAUUAAAAGAGCUUAAGCAAAAAGUAACUUCAAAAAUUGACUAUGGCAACAAAAUUCUUGAGCUUGAUCUGAAUGUACGAGAUGAAGAUGGGAAUAUCUUAGAUCCUGAUAAAACAAGUGUGAUUAGCUUGUUCCAUGCCCACAAAGAAGCCACAGAAAAAAUUACUGAGCGUAUAAAGGAAGAAAUGACCAAAGAUCAAAAUGACUUUGCCAUGCAUGGUCGUAUAACUUCUUCUCCCACGCACAGUCUCUAUGUCUUUGUAAGAAACUUUGUCUGCAGGAUAGGAGAAGAUGCUGAACUUUUUAUGUCAUUGUACGACCCUCAGAAACAAAGAAUUAUAAGUGAAAAUUAUCUGGUGAGAUGGGGAAGUAAAGGAUUUCCUAAAGAAAUAGACAUGCUGAACAAUUUAAAAGUCGUUUUUACGGAUCUUGGAAACAAGGAUCUUAAUAGAGAUAGAAUUUAUUUAGUGUGCCAAAUUGUCAGAAUUGGAAGAAUGGACCUCAAAGAAACAAAUAUAAAGAAAUGCACUCUAGGAUUAAGGCGACCAUUUGGAGUUGCAGUAAUGGACAUCUCUGAUGUGAUGAAAGGAAAAUCUGAAAGUGAUGAAGAGAAGCAGCACUUUAUACCCUUUCAUCCGGUUGUGGCAGAGAAUGAUUUUUUGCACAGCCUUCUAAACAAAGUCACAUCACUUAAAGGAGACAGCGGUGGACAAGGUCUUUGGGUUACAGUAAAAAUGUUGGUUGGUGAUUCUGCUCAGAUUCGGAAAGACUACCCUCAUCUCGUGGAUAGAACUACAGUGAUUGCACGGAAAUUAGGAUUCCCUGAAAUAAUUAUGCCAGGAGAUAUAAGGAAUGAUAUUUACAUUACAUUACUGAGUGGAGACUUUGACAGAGCCACACAGAGGAAUGUUGAAGUUAUUAUGUGUGUUUGUGAUGAAGAAGGAAAAAUCCUGUCAAAUGCUAUCUGCUUGGGAGCUGGAGACAAACCUGUGAGUGAAUAUAGGUCUGUCCUGUACUACCAGAUCAAACAGCCUCGCUGGAUGGAAACCAUAAAGGUUGCUGUUCCACUUGAGGAGAUGCAGAGAAUACACUUGCGGUUCAUGUUUAGACACAGGUCAUCCAUGGAAUCCAAAGACAAAGGAGAGAGGAACUUUGCAAUGGCCUAUGUGAAGCUGAUGAAAGAUGAUGGAACGACUCUACAUGAUGGCAGUCAUGACUUGGUGGUAAUAAAGGGUGAUAGCAAGAAAAUGGAAGAUGCCAGCACUUAUCUUUCCCUUCCUUCUACUCGUCAGCAAAUGGACAUUAAAAGUUCAACUUUUAGCAGAAACAACAGUUCUGGUGGACUGUCCUUUAGUUCACGUGAUGCUUUUUCCGUUUCAACACUUGUAUGUUCAACAAAAUUGACACAAAAUGUUGGCCUACUUGGACUUCUGAAGUGGCGCAUGAAGCCUGAACUUCUGCAAGAAAAUUUGGAAAAACUGAAGCUUGUGGACGGAGAAGAAGUUGUAAAAUUUCUUCAGGACACUCUUGAUGCCCUGUUUAACAUCAUGAUGGAGCAUUCACAUUCAAACAAAUAUGACAUACUAGUCUUUGAUGCUUUGAUUUACAUUAUUGGACUCAUCGCGGAUAGGAAAUUCCAACAUUUUAACACCGUUUUAGAAGCCUACAUAAAGCAACAUUUUAGUGCCACAUUGGCUUAUAAGAAACUAAUGAACGUUUUGAAGAAAUAUUUAGAUAUUUCCAGCAGGGGAGAGCAGUGUGAGCCAAUUCUAAGGACUUUGAAAGCACUGGAAUAUGUGUUCAAGUUCAUUGUGAGGUCGAGGACAUUAUUUUCACAGCUCUAUGAAGAUAAAGAACAGACAGAGUUUGAAGAGUCAAUGAGAAAACUUUUUGAAUCUAUAAAUAACCUCAUGAAGAGUGAACACAAGACUACAAUCCUAUUACAGGUUGCUGCUCUGAAAUAUUUACCUUCAGUUUUACAAGAUGUGGAGACAGUGUUUGAUGCCAGACUGCUUAGCCAACUGCUGUAUGAGUUCUACACGUGCAUUCCUCCUGAGAAACUGCAGCAGCAAAAAGUACAGUCUAUGAAUGAAAUUGUUUGCAGCAACCUUUUCAAGAAACAAGAAUGCCGUGAUAUUUUGUUACCCAUGAUCACCAAAGAAUUAAAGGAAUGGCUUGAACAAGGAAAACUGGAUGGAUCCGAAACAAGAGAUAAGAAGCGUUGUGUGGAUUUACUCAACAGCAUUCUGGAGGUGCUCAGCAGUCAAGAUGUGAAUUCAAUCUACUAUCACAUUCAAGAGAUAACUGAACAACUUUUGCGAACAGUUAACAAGACAGUCAUAAUGAUGGGGCGAGAGCAGGAGCUAACUAGUCAUUUUGUGGCAUGUAUGACAGCAAUUCUUCAGCAAAUGGAUGACCAGCAUUAUACUCACUACAUUGGAAUGUUUCAGUCAAGUUCAGACUUGGUGGACUUUUUAAUGGAGACAUUUAUAUUGUUUAAAGAUCUUAUUGGAAAGAAUGUUUACCCUUCAGACUGGAUGACUAUGAGCAUGGUUCAGAACAGAGUUUUCUUGAGAGCCAUUGACAAGUUUGCCAGAACAAUGAACCAGAAAUUUUUAGAAAACAAGAAUUUUGAAGUGCAGCUUUGGAACAAUUAUUUUCAUCUGGCAGUGGCUUUCAUUACUCAGGAUUCUCUACAGCUAGAGAAUUUCUCUCAUGACAAGUGCAAUGAGAUAUUGGACAAGUAUGAAGACAUGAGAUGUCUGAUAGGCUUUGCAAUACGUGAUAUGUGGUACAAGCUUGGUCAGAACAAAAUUUGCUUUAUUCCUGGAAUGGUUGGACCAAUUCUAGAAAUGACACUUAUACCUGAAGAUGAAUUACGGAAAGCUACAAUCCCAAUCUUCUUUGACAUGAUGCUAUGUGAAUACCAACAUCAUGGAGAUUUCAGGAAGUUUGAGAAUGAAAUAAUACUGAAACUGGACCAUGAAGUUGAAGGAGGGCGAGGUGACUGGCAGUACAUGCAACUUUUUGAAACUAUAUUGCUGGAUUAUGCAACAAACCAUCCUUACAUCUUUAAGAUGGUGGAAAGCUUUGUGACUCUGAUAAAAGGCCUCUUGGAGAGGUUAUUGGAUUACAGAGCAGUGGUGGCAGAUGAGAGCAAAGACAACUGGAUGAGCUGCACAGUCAACUUAUUGAACUUUUACAAAGAUAUUAAUCGAGAAGCAAUGUACAUAAGAUACCUAUAUAAGCUUAGAGACCUCCACUUGGACUGUGAGAACUAUACAGAGGCUGCAUAUACUCUUUUGCUCCACACAAGACUCCUAACGUGGACAGAUGAGCAGUGUUCACCCCAAGUCAUGCAGACGGAAUUCCAAAGCUCACAAACUCACCGUCAACUGAAGGAGACUUUGUAUGAAGUUAUUAUUGGCUACUUUGACAAAGGAAAGAUGUGGGAGGAAGCAAUAUUCCUGUGCAAACAACUGGCAGAGCAGUACGAGAUGGAAAUGUUUGACUAUGAGCUACUAAGCCAGUGUUUGACACAGCAAGCAAAAUUCUAUGAAAACGUCAUGAAAAUUCUUCGUCCGAAGCCAGAUUACUUUGCAGUUGGAUACUAUGGGCAAGGAUUCCCAACAUUCCUCCGGAACAAAGUGUUCAUUUAUCGAGGAAAAGAAUAUGAACGAAGAGAAGAUUUUUUGACACAGUUAAUGAGUCAGUUCCCUUUUUCUGAGAAGCUGAACACUACCGCAUCUCCUGGAGAAGAUAUUAAAAACUCCACUGGGCAAUACAUCCAGUGUUUUACAGUGCAACCCGUGCUGGAGGAACGACCCCAGUUUAGGAAUAAGCCUGUGCCGGAUCAGAUAAUAAACUUUUACAAGUCAAAUUAUGUGCAGAGAUUCCACUAUUCAAGACCUAUACGGAAGGGCACUAUUGAUCCUGAGAACGAGUUUGCUUCCAUGUGGAUUGAAAGAACAACAUUUGCCACAGCUUACAGGUUACCUGGAAUACUACGUUGGUUUGAGGUUACAUCAAUGUCACAUACAACCAUGAGUCCUCUUGAUAAUGCAAUUGAAACUAUGUCCGCAACCAAUGAGAAGAUACUAAUGCUUAUAAAUCAAUACCAGAGAGAUGAAAAUCUGCCAAUUAACCCACUCUCCAUGUGCCUGAAUGGAAUUGUUGAUCCAGCAGUCAUGGGUGGCUUUGCAAAAUAUGAAAGGGCUUUCUUCACUGAAGAAUACAUACAUGAACACCCUGAAGAUUGUGAGAAACUGAACAAACUAAAGGAUCUCAUAGCUUGGCAGACGCCUUUUCUUGGUGCUGGAAUACGAAUUCACGAAAAAAGAAUCACUGAAGACCUUCGCCCUUUCCAUGAGCGAAUGGAGGAAUGUUUUAGGAAUCUAAAAAUGAAGGUUGAAAAGCAAUAUGGUGUGAGAGAAUUGCCUGACUUUGAUGAUAGAAGAGUGGGAAGGCCGAGAUCCAUGUUACGGUCCUAUCGACAGAUGUCUAUCAUAUCUUUGUCUUCAAUGGCUUCGGAUUGCAGCACACCCAAAAAGUCUUCAGCAGAAAGUAGCUUUGUUCUUGAAACAUCCAAAUCAAAACCUCGUGAAAGUGAAGGAGAUCCUUCUCCAGUGUCCAGUGAAACAGAUGUAAAAUUGCGGAGAUCUCGCAAGAAAAAUAAAAGGAGCAGUGUUGUGUUUGCUGAUGAAAAAACAUCUUCUCAAGCAUAUCUGUCGGAGUCAAAGAGACUGUCAAGGAAGCAGGAAUUUAUGAGUGACACUAACCUCUCAGAUCAUGUAACAGCUCCACAAGGCACCUCUGUUCUCAAGCAAAUGAGCUUUGCAAGUCGCUCUAUGCCAACAAUCCCAGCAUUAACAUUGUCAGUUGUCAAUGGCCCAACAUAUGAAGACCAAAAUCAGUGCCAAAGGAUAAGCCAAACAAAUGCAGGCCCCCUAGAGUCAGAUAAGAGGAUUGCAAAGAAAAGCAAAAGGAAUCAGUUCUUUAGGACAAUGCGCUCCUCCAGGGUCACUGAUGAUGGGAAGACCAUGGAUCAGCAAAAUGAAACAUUGUCGAUCAACCUGUGACUGUAGUCUUCAAGAUUGUGAUCCAGUUUCCAUGUAAAAUCAGCUUGAAAUACUAAGUAUUAAUCUAUGAAAGUGGAGACGUUACUUAAAAUUCAACUCUAAUUCCAAAAAAGUUGGGACUGUGUGUAAAAUGUAAAAAAAAACAGGAUACAAUGAUUUGCAAGUCUCAUAGAACCAUGUUUUAUUCACAAUAGAUCAUAGAACACAUAGCAUUUCAUGACAAAAAAUUAACUCAUUUAGAACUUGAUGGCAGCAACACAUCUCAAAAAAGUUGGAACAAUAGAGUCUACAAACAGAGUCUAUGUCUAGGAAGUCAGGACACCAAUUGAUGGAGUUUUUGGAAAGGAAUAUUGUCCCAUACUUAUCUGAUGUAGGAUUCUAACUGUUCAACAGCCCCAGGUCUUUGUUUCAUGAUUUGUCAAAUGUUUUCUAUUGGUGAAAGGCCAGGAUUGAAGGAAGGCCAGUUCACCACCCAGACUCUUCUUCUUCUUCUUUGAAGACAUGCUGUUGUAAUGGAUGCAUUAUGUGGUUUAGCAUUGUCUUGCUGAAAUAUGCAAGGCCUUUCCUAAAAAAAAAAGAUGUUUGGAUGCAUAUUUUGUUCUAAAACCUCUAUAUAUUAUUCAUCAUUGUUAAGGCCUUUCCAGAUGUGUAAGCUGCUCAUGCCAUAAGCACUAAUGCAACCCCAUACCAUAAGAGAUGCAGGCUUUUGAACUGUGUGCUGAUAACAAGCUGGAUUGUCCACCCCCCUCUUGAGUAUGAAGGACAUGGUGUCUGUGAUUUCCAAAAAUAAUUAAAAAAAAAUUGAUAAAUCUGACCACAGAAAAGCUUUCCAUUUUGUCUCCGUGCAUUUUAAAGUGAGAGUUGGCCAUAAUUAAAUGCAGUACUGACUGAAAGUCCGUAGAUAACGAGCAUUCAAUGUCAGCCUGUCCCUUGCAUACAUAAAUUUCUCCAAAUUCUCUAAAAAGUCAAAGUCUUUGUAAUUUUACACUGAGGAACAUUUUUUCUGACAUUGUUCCACAAUUUGUAAGUGCAUUUUUUUACAGAUUGGUGAACAUUU